AUGCCGUCACCCAGGAGUUGCAGGUCAGGAACAUUAUUUGCAGUCUUACAAUAUCUCUCCAAGUCGUUCGCACAAUAUACGUACGGCGACAACUAUCUCACCACGAUCAAGGACAGCGAUGUCGUGGCCUCUGCGUUCCCAGAUAUUGAAGGAAUAGAUCUGAUUGCUCCAGCAUUUACGAACCCAGCGACCUUACCACCGGGCUGGGCAAAUGGGACUGAGGGCCCAACAGAUCUCUAUGAGCUUGACUACUUCAUUCGCUCCAUCGCUAGCCGCAAUGAUUGGAUCUCUUACCAAGCCGCAGACUUUCUGUCAGAGGAAGGCAAAGCAAUUCCCUACUUGUUCCUCUCUAGCUCGCCAGCGAACACACACAACAGCACAAAGUUGCAGGUCUACAUCCAGGCAGCUAUCCACGGCAAUGAGCCUGCAGCAGAUCAGGGCGCUCUUGCACUUCUCGGAAAAAUGGACGCCAAUCAGACGUGGACCGCUUCCUUGCUGGAGACCAUGGACAUCAAAAUUCUACCAAGAUACAAUGUCGACGGAGUGGCUUAUUUUCAGCGAGUUCUCGCAUCAAACCUCGAUCCUAACCGAGAGAGUAUCAAGCUUGAUAAGCAGCAGUCUCGAGAGAUCAAGAAAGUAUUCAGCAAGUUCAGCCCACACAUCGCAGUCGAUCUGCACGAAUUUACUGCUCCUACAAUCUACGGUGGCGACUAUCAGCAUGGUUCCGAUUCGAUGAUAUCUGGCGGCAUCAACCCCAACAUUCAUCCCACAAUCCGGUCCGAAGUGCUUGACCGCUUCAUCCCAGCGAUGGGAUCACGUCUAGAAAGCUAUGGUCUUCGCUGGGAGCCCUAUGUCACAGGCGCAACAAACACCACCCCCGGCUCGCGAAUCGUCUUCGAAGAAGCCGUGACAGAAGCCAGAACGGGUCGUAACGCCCACGGCCUGACACAAACAAUCAGCUUCCUGCUAGAAAUGCGAGGAAUCCGGCUCGCAAAUCAACACUUCCAACGCCGUGUCGCCACAGCACUACUAAAACUCGAAGCAAUCCUCGAAACGGCCCGCGACAACCACCUCGAAAUUCUGCAAAACGUAGAAACCGCUCGCCAAGAAUUUAUCAAAAGCGAUGAAGACAUCGUCGUGACGGACUCGUACACCCUCCAAAACCGCACGUUCACAAUGGUCGAUCGAAAAACCGGCAGCAUUGUCCAGGUCCCCAUAGAUUUCUACGCCACGACACCUUCCGUCGCCAACCUCACCCGCUCCCGACCAGAAGCAUACAUCAUCCCACGCCCCUGGCACGAAGUAGCCGAACGCCUUCGAAUCCUGGGGUUAGAAGUCGAAACUCUGGAUUCCGCUUAUCGUGGCACUGUGCAAGCCCUCAACAUCACGAGCAGUUCUCUGGAGGGUGUGAUUUAUGAGGGACAUGUUCUGAAUACCGUUACGACGGAGCCGAAGGAGAAGGAGGUGCUUUUGCCAGCGGGGAGUUUUUGGGUUAGUACGAGGCAGAAGAAUGCUGCGUUGGCGUUUAUUGCGCUUGAGCCGGAGAAUGUUGAUAGUUAUGUUACGUUUGGGAUUGUGCCGGUUGAGGCUGGGGAUGAGUAUCCGAUUUAUAGGGUGUUGAAGGAGUAG